AUGAAUGACAAAGAUAUAGACAUAGAUGACAAUAAUAAUAACGAAUGUAAUAGCAAUGAGUAUAAAGUAAUUGUUAAGAACUUACCUUUGUUCUUGGAUGACUCUGAUACAAAUGAAUUGUUUCAAAAGUAUAAUACUUUAUCAAUUAAAAGAUUAGAUAAAUCAAUGGUAUUAAAUCAAUUGGAUCGUGAUACUCUAAUCAAAGAUAUUGAUAAACAAGUAGUUUUCAACAAAACAAUCAAAGUUAAGAUUUUAUUAUCAAACAAAGAUAUUGAUAAUAACAAGUUAAAUGAAACGACAUCAACAACAACGACAACAACGACAACAACUACAGCAUUACUAAAUAAUAAUAAUAAUAAUAAUAAUAAUAAUAAUAAUAAUAAUAAUAAUAAUAAUAAUAAUAAUAAUAAUAAUAAUAAUUGCAAUGAUGAUAAGAUAAAGAAACAUAAAUAUCAAUAUCCGCCUAUCAAUCAUAUGAUUGCUUCAAAUAUUUUCGAUCCUUUUGAACAGCAAAAUCAACAUAUUCUUCAAAAUCAAUUAAAUCAACAACAACAACAACCACUGCAACAACAGAAAACAAAAAGAACCUUGAAAAAUGAAGAGGAGAACGAAAUAGAUGAAGAAGAUCAAGAUGAAGUUGACAAUCUAAAUGAUAAUAAGAAAAUUAAAUUAGAUCAUAAUGUAGAAAAUCAUGUAGCGUUACCAUUGAAUCAAGGUGUUACAAACAACAAUGUUAUAGACACCAAUAGAAUUCAAAUUAAAAUUGGAAUCAAAAGUCAAUCGGUCACAUCUCAAGAAAAUGGGAAAUAUAAAUAUAGAGAUGGUGUAUUGAAACUAGUAGAUAUUGAAAGCAAUAGAAUUACAAUAGAGGCAAAGGAUUUGGAGAAUGAUGAUUUCUACUAUCUAUUCGGUAGAUACUUUGAGAGUGAUACAACGAUGAAAGAACAAAUGAAUAUAGUACACUACAAAGAAGGAAGAAUGAAACAACAGGCAUUCAUUACAUUACCAACCAUUGAAUUGGCCGUAGAUGCACUUAACGAACUACAAGGUUUUAAAUUAAAAGAUAAACCACUUAUAAUUACUGCUAGAGCAAAUGAUAUCAGUAAACAUUUUCAAGAGAUGGGAAAGAAGGUUAUCAUUAUAAAUGAAGAAUCUCAAUUAAUAGAUAGAAAUCAAGGAUAUAAAGAUUCAUUGUCUGAAAAGAUGACAAGAGGAACAUUAAAAGCAGCAGUAGAAAGAAGUUUGACAAAAGAUACUAUUGUUAUUGCUGACUCUUUGAAUUAUAUUAAAGGAUAUAGAUACGAAUUGUAUUGUAUUGCAAGAGCUGCUGGUACAAGAUUACUUCUAGUCUACUGUCAAACACCAAGAGAACAAUCGAAACAAUGGAAUCUCGAGAGAGAUCAAUCAAAUGCUUUUACAGAUCAAUUAUUAGAAGAAUUAACAAAUAGAUUUGAAGUACCUAAUCCAAAGAAUCGAUGGGAUUCACCGUUAUUUACUUUGGAACCACAACAUUCUCUACCGUUCGAUAUGUUGUACAAGACGUUGUUUGAGGUGCAGGAGUUGCGACCAAACUACGCCACUCAGCCACAAGCAAUAUCACCGACCAACUUUGUACAUCAACUCGAAACGGUGACACAAGAGAUUGCCAAUGUAGUGUUGGACGCACUGCAAUCGUCGUUGCCCGGUGACAAGAUCAAGGUGCCAGGCACAGAGAAGCGUGUCUACAUCCACUCGAUGCUCAAUGCAGCGGAACUUCGAAAUCAACGUCGUCAAUUCUAUAAAUUCGCACAACUACAUCCACCACAACAAAAUCAAAUCGCAGAGUACUUUGUUGAUUUCUUAAACUCAAAGACAACAUCCUAA